AUGCACACGGCUACGGACGCAGCGCAGCAGCUACGAGACUUAUGCGAUCGUCUGAACUGCGAUUUCGAUACGUUUUAUUCUGUCCUGAGCGAAGAUCCAUUGAAGUUCACGUCCGUGAUUGCAAGAUUCGUCUCUCAAACCCAAGAUACCCAUAAUGCAGCGUUGGCAAAGGGAGAGAGCGGUACCGUAGCGGUCCUUGUCGCCAGUAAUCCCAGAGAAAUGGCACAGAACGUACCCACUGGCCAGCCAUUGACCGAAAGCGACAGCGGCCACUGUAAAAGCUUUUCGCGCGCCAUAGUCGGCGAGCCAGACUUUGCUGUCAAUGGCAAUGUUGACAGCCUUCCAUCCCAAAAUCUGAUCAUGGAUAAGUCACUGCCACACGCUUUGGUCCGAGAGACGGCUAAGGCGGAUGGCAUUUUGCCAACUGAGCAAGAAAUCGGAGGAAAGGUUUGUAUGGAUCCACAAGUUGCCACGCGAUCCCUCAAGCGCAAAAGAGACAGCAUGGGUAAGCGUACUGGUCCCACUAUCGCGAAGAUGAUGAACAUCGCAAGCCCCAGCACGAUAGUACGUCUCUGGAGCAGCUGCAGGGACUCAAGGACUGGAACUCGGACCCUCACGGAAGGACACAGGCAAGUCUUGCCUGUCGAGCCAGAACUGUCCAUGGACGGGAAAUCCGUGCUGGACCGUUUAGACAUUCUGAAGGAACAAUCUGCGGUAGCGAGCUCGAACAUGCACUUUUUUUCAGCUACUAAGCGCUUCCACCACGUUCAAAUGGUACAUCUGUAUCAUAAGGCUAAAAGUCUUGACCAAAGCACUGCGAAUGCGACGAACUACGACCCGAAAGACACCGCUCCCCAUCCCUCACUUGUCGAUCAGUUUGCUGAGAAACUCUUCCCAAGCAAAGCAGGGAUAGCAAUGCGAAGUGGCUCCAACAUAUCCUCGAGACAGCCGCUCAAGAACGCAUUCAACACAUGGCUCACGGUGGGAAAGAAGCUGGCUAUGCUGGUUACUAGCAAAGAGUAUCAGGACUCUGACGGCCUUGUUGCCACUCCUCGCGGUAUGGGGGAUUCUACCCGAACAACAGCUUCGCUUCGAAAAGUGCGCUUCUAG